AGCGCCGACACAGCCCCACUGUUGUUGCCGACGUUCUUUUCACUUUCGUUGCGCCUCUCUUCGUUUUAUUUGGCAAUUUGUGUGUUUAAUUAGCACCUGUGGUACUCUGCCACCGCCCAGUGGCAGCAAGAUGAUGCAAGUCGGCGGAGGAGCAAGAAGCAGAAGCAGCAGAUAAUAAUAGAAGCCCAGCAGAGGCUCCGUGCGUGUGUGAGUGCGGGCUUGUGCGCCUGUGUGUGUGUGCGUUUUUGCAAACAAAACCGGAAAAGCAAAAGCACAGACACGAAUGCGGAUGCGGAUGUAGAGGCGACUGCGGAUAGAAUCCCCAACACAAAAUGCAGGUUCUGCAAGUGUUUUUGGCCACGCUCCUCUGCGGCUUCUGCCUGGGCGCCAAUAUCCUUGCCGUUCUUCCCAGUGUCUGGAAGUCGCACUAUCUCUUUGGCCGCAGCUUGCUGCAGGAGCUGGUGGAAAGUCCGGGAAAUCACUCCGUGACUCUGAUCAGCCCGCACGCCGCCCAGGAAAGUGUGGAUCUGGAGGUCCCCAGGAUCCGGGAGCUGCGCAUCGAGGGCCUGCGGGAGAACUGGCUCGACAUGGGCAUGAGCUUCGAGGCCGAGGAAAUGCGGUCGCAAAGUGUGAUGGAGAGGUUCACCCGACUGAUCUACGCCGGCACCACCAAUGUGGACAUCCUGCUCUCCGAUGCCCAGGUCCGGAAGCUCCUAACAAGUGGGGAGAAGUUUGACCUACUCAUAGUGGACCUGUUCCUCAGCGAUGCCCUACUAGGCUUGGCCUUCUACUUUGGCAUACCCACCGUUGCAAUCAGUCCCACCGGCGCCAAUUCCUGGCUAAACAACAUGUUUGGUAAUCCCCAGUCAUCGUCCUUGGACCCCAGCAACUUCCUCCCUUUCACUGAGAGGAUGAACAUAAAGCAGAGGAUUCUGAACUCCCUGAUGAGCACCUUCGAGCGGUUGACCUACAACUUUUUCCAUCUGAUCUCCCAGCAAUCCGUGUAUACCAAUCACUUUGAGCUGCUCGUCAAGGAACUGCCGCUCUAUAGGGAUCUGACGAAGAACCUGAGCUUGGCCUUGAUCAACUCCCACCCUGGUUUGCACUAUCCACGUGCCUAUUUACCCAACAUGGUGGAGGUGGGCGGUCUGCACCUGAGCCACUCAAAUAUACCCCAACUGCCAAAGCACCUUCUGUCGUUUAUGGAAUCUGCGCCAAGUGGGGUUAUCUAUUUCAGUCUGGGGGCCGAUGUUCAAACAGCUCAAUUGCCUCAGGAAAAGUUAUCCGUCAUUCUCGAUGUAUUUGGUCACCUCAAGGAAUUUCACUUCCUCUUGAAAUGGGAAAAGGAGGAGUUUGCAGCGGACCAAGUGCUGCCCGAGAACGUGAUGAUUGCUGACUGGUGGCCACAGCAGGCGAUCCUGCACCACUCGCAGGUCAAGAUGUUCGUUAGCAGCUGCGGACAGUUGAGCGUCUGGGAAUCGAUUAAUGGAGAAAAGCCCAUACUUGCCAUACCUUUAUUGGCCGAACAAGAGGUGAUGGCCAAGCGCUUGCAGCAUCACGGAGUCUCCCUGACUGUUGGCUACGACUCCAUAGCAUACGACUCACUGCUGCACGGAAUAAGACAACUCACGCUUAAUACCAGCUAUGUGGAUAAGUUGGGUCAACUCAAGGAGCGACUGAUUAGCACGGAUUCCUCGCCAGCCAAAAAAGCAGUACGAAAGAUCCAGCUCAUUUUGGACUCUGGCGGAGCUGACUUUCUCAAAUCCCAUGCCAACACUUUGAACUUUUGGAGAGCAGAGGGUGUGGAUGUCCUGCUUAUAAUAGCCGUGGGCUUGUGUGGAAUUUUAACCAUUCCCUUUUUGGCCAUUUGCAUUAUACUUAGAAAAUCGUACCACAGCCAAGCGGCGCAGGAUCAAGUGCCCUACAGAACCAACCUGAAAGUGGUUGGAAGAGUUCACAGCUAUGGUGAACAGGGUUGUAGACCUCCCAAGAGCACAGAGCCCCUCAGGAGAACCCGAUCAGCUCAAUCUUUAUCGGCUCGUUCGAGCUCAUCGAGCAUGAGUUCUACCACGCCGACGAGUCCUUCAACAGCGUCCACAACGCCGCUGGACCUGACACCACCUCCAAUACAACUACUCGGCCAGGUACCGCCAUUGCAGCUGUACGUGAAUCAGCAGCGGAUAUACUCAAGCGAUCGAAAGACAUCACAGGAGCAAAAAACGGAACAAAGGUUCCCUUAACUAGCUCCCGACAAAACCUGAAACUAACGAUUACGGUGUGGUAAAAAGGAUGGAUUAUAGUCUCGUUUAAAUUCUCAUGUUAGGCAUAAUUGCUAACUUUAAGAUUGCAGAAUAUGUUAAGUUUACAAUUUGGUAAACGGUGAGAUGCUACAAGCGGGGUUUAGUGUAGGAAAGUAGUCGUUCCACAAUCAAAAAUUCGGACAGUUUUAAUUGAUUGUUUUAGUGUUUUUGAAAAGGUAUUUCUUAUAAAAGAACUUAUCUGGCAGAAAACGAAUGAGAAAGAAAAUUGUUCUAAAACACGUACUUAUACUCUUCCAAACUUUUGCUUGUUCAAUGAUUACAUUCUAAUACCUUUAAUCCAUGUCACAAAAGUUAAUCCAACCGUAACUAACCCUACGUAUAUAAAUAUCGUCUAAUGGUAUGAGUGAUUUUCUGUUGAUAAUUGUGGAUAUGUGAAAGAAUAUUCUGGUUUUAUAUAUUUAGAUAAGUUUUAAAUGUUAUCAAUUGUACAUAUUUUCAAUAUUUUUACUGUGUGCGAACGAAAGUUCCGUUUUUAAAUAGGGGAUAUUUAUACCAACCAAGUGUGACCACCCAUUGGGUAUUUUAAAUUGAUUUAUGUUUCUGAUGCUAGUAUCAGGAAGAUUUUUCCGCUAUCCCGUUCAAUUAUUGUUUCAAUUCAAAGACUGACAACUACUUUCGUAUACCCCGUAAAAGACAAAGUUAAGCAUAACAAAUAGUAAAUGCGGUUAAACUGCAUAGGUUCAGCUCAAAAAUGCAUAAAAUAUCCUAAUUCUUAGCUCCAAUCUGAAAUAAACAGCUUAUGGUAACUUGAUAAGUUUUGUACGUGCAAAAAUAAGUGCAGUUUCAAUUCGGCUUACUUUGUUUGAAAAACUAAGAUUAAGAAUAUUUUAUAAAGCCAUGUAUGGAUUGUUAAAUAAAAUAUAAAAUAAUCCCCAGA